AUGGGAUUAAUUAAAUCACUUUUCAAUGGAAAGAAAAAAAAUGACCCAACGCCGGCGAAUUCCCCGCCGGUGAACUCUCCGGUCAUGAUAGAAGAGGAGCUACAACAGGUAUUCGACAUCAACGGCGACGGAAAAAUCUCAUUUUCGGAACUGGGUUUCAUCAUGGCCAGUUUAGGAACCGCUAUAACGGAGGAAGAAUCGAUUGAAAUGAUUAACGAAGUCGAUGGGGACGGAGAUGGAUUCAUCGAUUUGCGUGAAGUUAUGGAGAAUUUGAAGGAUGCUUUCUCUGUAUUUGAUGUGGAUAAAAAUGGAUCGAUCUCUGCUGAAGAGUUGCAGAAAGUGAUGAAGAGUAUUGGGGAAGAAUGUUCACUGGAUAAGUGCCGGAAAAUGAUCGGCGGCGUUGAUUGUGACGGCGACGGGAUGAUUGAUUUUGAGGAAUUUAAAGUUAUGAUGAUCGGAAAAAGAAAAAAAUUAUAGAGAUUUGAUUUGGUUUUGUUAGAAAUUAUGUUAGUGGUUUAAUGUAUCGUUAAGUGUGCGAUUCGAUAU